AGUAGAGGCCGCAAUGUGUACCCAGUAUGUUUGUAAACUGGGUUUUUCUAUAAUUUUACAAAUUUCAGCCGUUUGAGACGAGAAAUUCCAUCACAGGAGCGUAGGCCCCGUGAGCCCAGCCCCCCGCCCAUCGGUCCCUUGGCGCUCGUUCAAAUGCGGCGCGCUUGUUUACAAUUUUUCGUCUGACAACAGGGGUUAGGAUUCACCCUAUAUAGCCUUAUGGCCAUCUGUAGAGUGCCUAAGAAUAAUUGUAAAACGUAAAACUAAGGCUGCGUUACCGUUUGGGGUCGCAAUCACUAAACAUUUGUUUUAGUAAUGCAUAAGUUGCGAAAUGUGGUUAGCUGAAUGUUGAUACAGCAGAUACGACAACGAUGCAAAGCCUGGAGGCCGCAUGCGAGGAGGGUGACGUCAGUUUAGGUCUUUGCAUUCAAUGUAACCAGAAGAGCAACAAUAGUUACAAGACGAACAUGGUCUGCACUCACACUAGAACGUUUAAAAAACCAAAGCAAAGCCGUACUCCUUUGCCCCUGCAGCCGAUCCAGGAACCAGUGCCGAUCGAGAUUCAGCCCCAAAAAGCACCGUUUUGCAUCUACACAAGGCUCAAAGAGUUGCAUUUUGAAGAGACAGGGCAGUUUCCCAACCAAAACUCAAAUACGGGUUUAAAAUGUAAUUCACACUUAUUAGAAAAACUUGUAGCACAAGAAAGACUGAACACCUUAAUUCUAAACCUGUACCCAGGGAACAAGGGUUACUCACUGUCGUUCCCAACCACCCCAAACGGAGAAACUUGUACCACCGAUGAGACGACAGGCGAUGCAAUCGAAACUAAACAGUGGCCUUAUGAGGAGAAAAAACUACUCGAGUAUCUCGAUAACGAGGAAGUUCCCGCUUUUUUUGUUGAUUUACUUGAGCCCCAAUAUGGUUUUUUAUUCUAUAGCGGAUGUAUUGUUGCUGAAAUCCGCGAUUAUAGACAAGCUUUCCCAGAUUUUAAAUGUGAUAUACGAUAUGUUUUACUUAAACCUUCAUUAGAGAGUACAUUGGCUGAUAUAAAUAUAAUGUUAGAUGAAAGGGGCGAUUGGGGUAGUGAAGAAAAAGUACAAUUAGAAAGCCAAUUAAUCCUCGCAAAUAAUCCAAAACUAUGUUUAGAACCAUCACCGAAAGUAAGCGAAAUAGCAAGUAACACGAACCAUUCGAAAUUACUUUUUAACACGCAUAAAUUAAGACGAACGGCGCAUCGUUACUCCCAAGUUUCCGUAAACAGAAAACGUCUCUUAGAUAAAUUUACAAAUCAUCCCGGUUUACAAAUACUCGAUUACGUAAGCAAACUUCGAGCGCGAUCAAAAACCGGACUUUUACCUUCGAAACUACCGAAGAGGAGUACGGAUGAAAUACGACCUAUUCCGGUACCGAAUUUAGAUCCACCAACUAUUAACGCGCCAGCCGGUGGGAUUAAUAUAAAAGAAUUCAAAGCGUAUCAAAAACCAAGAGAAACCAGCGAUUGUUUGCCGCAAAUGAUUGAAGAAUAUGUAUUGGAAACGGAUAUGCCAUCGAAAGAGAAAGGAAAAACGCGGGUUUAUCACAUAAAAUUAACAAUUCUACAAUGUCCAUCUAAUUCGGAAUACUUAGGAGAAUUAUAUUUGGAUAGGGAUCAUAAAAAGGGGGAACAAAACGGGGUGGCGUGCCGAUUUCCUUUAGGUUCAAGUGCGCACGCUAAUCGGUAUAUUCAACAGUUUACAGAUAUUUUCACAGAAGGUGGGAGGAAAUCAGUUCGGAUUAAUUAUGGGUCGGGAAUGAAAGAACAAGUUGCGCAAGUUCAUGCAGCUCAGUUGCAAGCUUUACAAGCAGCUGCCCAACAAAGAACGUUAGUUCAACAACAAACGACGCAAACGAACAAUUUAAAUCAACCUUCGACGUCUCCGUUAGUGAAUGGAUCAUCAACUACAACGGGAAUUGUUCAACAAACUUUACCGACGCAAAACACAACAACAGUACCAGUUUUGCAAAAUCAAUUACAAUCAACCACUCAGAAAACUCAAGCUCAGGUCAAUCAAGAAAUCGAAAUCAACGCACUUGCAACUAAGUUGAUGAAUUCUGCGCAACAAUUUCAAGCAGCAGCUAACGCUAAACAACAACAACAACAACAAAAAAUGGUUUCAACUGGAAAUAGUGCUGCGAUAAUAAAUUUAUUAAACAGUUCUCCUGCGAGUAAUUUAAAUAGUGAUGCAAGUGCGGCUGUAGUGAACGCUAUAAAUAAUUCAACGUUGUUACCCCAACAGGUUAAUCAAAAACUAUUAGGUCGAAAGAUAACGUUAUCGAAUGUGCCGAACGCGCGCGUUUUAAAUCAUAGCAAUUUAAUAGCGGUUAAUAAUAAUCGGAUGAACCUGCAAGAAAUCGUUACGCAAUCGCAACACCCACAAACGAUUACUUUAACGUCCGUAAACAGCGGAAAUUUUAUUCAGGGGAGUUAUAUUAAACAAAGAACAGCAAAUAACGAAAAUAAAUCGUCUUUAUCCGCGUUAUUAGUGGGCACCCCCGCCGCUGAUAGGCCGGAUAUAAUUAGUCCGAACACGAAUUCGUUACUUCUCGAGAAAUUGGCGAAUGCUUCCAACAGUAAUAAUCAAGGACAGAGCCCUACGCAUUUUAUUCAAAGCCCUAAAAACGCUUUCGCGGUGCAAUCGCCUAAAAACAAUCAGGUUUUAUCUCCUAUGUCGAGUCCGCCCCCGCAAAAUAGUAACACGAUUAAUGUGCAAAGUUUAAAUUUCACCCCGUUACCGAAUUUAUCUGGUUUACAAAACGUUCAGGUGCAAUUACCCGGUUUUUCGCAGCCUAUUUCGUUAUCGUUGAAUGUAUCAUCAACGGGCGCCAUCCAGGGACAUCCCACGGGAUUAAUUGUUUCUUUACCGGUUACAUCAGCCACGACAACAACGACAACGGUUACUCAACAAGCAACAACCGUUGUUACAGCUGGAAAUAAUAUUGUGGGAACUCCAACUGUUGUUUUAGCAAAUACGAAUAGUAGUAAUUUAGCACAUUUAAUGUCUUCUGGUGUAAAAACGUUAACGCAACAAAAUAUUCGGGGAACAACCCCCACGGGGGUAACAUUAACACAAGGUGGCCAACCAUUUCAACUAGUAACUCAAUUGCAAAGGCCCCGAAUUCAACAGGGUUCAGUUCAACAAAACGUAACCGCCAGAACGAUUCAACGACAACCAAUAACGAUAAAAAUGGCAACGGCGGCGACGAAUUCAAAUGCAGCUCAAUCAAGUUCGACGUCGGGAUUAAACCAAUUGUUGCUACAAAGGCAAGGGCAGUUGCAUCAAUAUCAACAGGUAAAUAGUGGGGCUCAGGACGGGAUUCGCAGACGAUCGAACGUUUCCGAUUGAUAAUUUAAGGUUUAUUAAGUAAAUUUAAGAAAAAAUUUAAAAAAAAAUGGUUAAUAGGUUACAAACCUUUAUAAUUUUUAAUUGUAUAUAGUAUCAGCGUACUAGUCUUAUUAGUCUAUUUGAUUAUCUUAAUUUUUUUAUAUUAAAUGAUAAAAAUAAGAAAAAGGAAAGUAAAUAUAAAAUGGUAAAUAUACCUAAUAAGUAUUUUACGAAAAAAAAAAAAAUAAGAAAAGAACGUGAAACCUAACUGCCUAAUUAGAGUGGUAAAAUUAAACAAAAGAAAUAGUCACACAUCUUCGAUGCUCUUUUGAAAUAAAUGACUGCCCUUAAACAUGUAAAUGUAAAUAGAAAUGAAAAUAAUCAAAUGAAAUUUACGCGAUUUGUUUCGUUCGAUUGAUUUAUUUAUUUCAAAAGAUGUAAUUUUAACGCUAAUUGUUGUAGUUUUUUGAUGUAGGUAGGUUUGUAAAUAUUAAUUUAAUUUAGCUCUCCCUCCUCCCUUUUUAUAUCUACAAACCAUGAAAAUGAAUUUAAUUGGAAAUUAAUGCGAUUGUAAAGAGUAAAAUGUGUUUAUCAUAUUGAUAAAUCAAUUAAAUUAAUUAUGUAAAGUGGAUACAACACAUAUAGUCUGGUUAAUUUGUAUAUUUUAUCUUGGAAAAGUUCGACAUUGUUAAAAACUGGAUAAAACUUUAUGCAACUAUUCUUAUAUACAGGGUGUCUCACGUAACUGGUUCGUUAGAACUUUUUUAGG